CCUUAUCAUGCCUCGUCAGCCGUGGAAUAUCCUCAUAGUAGGAAGCCUGCAUCUGCUGCCAGUCUUAAAUGCUGCGGCUACCUCAUCUACCAGUUCUCUGCCUACCACCGCUGCCUACUAUGUCAGUGAAAGCACCAAGACGUUUGCUGAUACGACUCUAACCGCCACCGGAACCGAUGAAGCGGUGAUCAUUGUCAAAGAGACAGGAGUUGCUAUUUUGUCUGACGUAACACUGAUCAAGACCGGCAACACGACCAGCAGUGAUGACAGCUCCUUCACGGAUCUUAAUGCCGCAGUCGGUCUGGAGACCAAUGGCACGGUAUAUAUCACCGACAGCAACAUCACCACCAACGGCUUGAGUGCUAAUGGACUACACACCUAUGAAGACGGCACCACUGCCUACCUCUCCAACGUGUAUAUUCACGCAGAGGGAGAUGGUUCACAUGGCAUCUACACCGCCGGUGGAGCCAUCUACGGCGAGAACCUUGAGAUUUAUACGUAUGAUGGCCAUGGCAGUGCCAUCGCCACUGACCAAGGCGGCGGCCUCAUCAUGGUAGAAAAUUCGGCUGCGUACACCUACGGUGCGCUCUCAGCAUUGGUAUACUCCACGGGAAAUAUUACAGUUCGUUCCCUUACUGGCACAUCAGCCAUUGCCCCUGUAGCAUGCAUUGAUGGUGCAAACUCGUUUACCUUGACCGACUGUGAUCUUUCCUCCGGAACGCAGAACAAUGGUGUGUUUCAAAUUGUGAGUACAGUAUCGAGCAGCACAACGGAAACCGCCUAUGCCUAUGUGAACGGUGGCACCGUAUCCGAGACCAAUGGCACCUAUGCCUUGCUCUUUGUGGCUAACAUUGAGGCCUAUGUGUUACUGACCGAUGUCGCCAUCUCCAUCAAAUCCGGGAUUCUAGCCAAUAUCACUGCUGACAGUGAUUGGGGUACAUCAGGAGAGAACGGCGGCACUGCCAAUGUAUAUCUCUCGGGGAUUGAUGUCACCGGCGACAUCUACGUGGAUGACAUCAGCGCGAUCAAUCUGUACCUGAUCGGGUCAAGUUGGACAGGCGCGCUGAAUCAGGCGAACACGUCAGGGUCUGCAUCUGUGUAUCUGGAUCGCAGUAGUACUUGGACACUGACAGGGAAUUCGAAUGUCGAGAGUAUCAGCCGGGUGACUGGGUCCAGCAUCUUUACUGGUCAAUAUCGAGUGACCGAGGUUGCUUAGGGGAAGGAAUACCGCUGAAGAGAUGCGGUGCUGUGGCAGGAAGUCC